AGGAAAAGUAUAUCAGAAAAACAGCAACUGAUAGCCUUCAUACUACAGAUCACAACAUACGUUAGCGAGCCUAGCCCAGCCAGAACAGACACUGCAAGCAAGUCGUAUUGUUCUCUCAAGACUAAAGGACAGACAUUUGCAUACCUACCGGUACGUCCAGACAUCACCAACGAAACGCAACCUUAAAACAGAACCAACAACAACAACAAGAGCAACGCAAUACAAACCAUGGAUACUCCAGUUCCUACCAGCGAACCGACAGCGUUCAGCUCCAGCGAUUUGACGACAGAAUUGUCGUCGGACGACGCCCCAAAAGCGCCAAAACCAACCCUCACAGACGUCCUCGAAGACGUGCCCCUUCCGAACGCGACGCCCGUGGCUCCUCCAACCGUUGCACCCGUGCCCGUGCCCAUUCCGGUUCCCACCAAUCCGCCCGUGCCUCCUCCAACCGUUGUGCCUAUCCCCGUUCCGGUUCCCACCAAUGCACCAAUCCCUCUUCCGGUUCCCACCGCUGCACCAAUCCCUCUUCCGGUCCCAACGAAUGCACCGAUCGCGGUUAUUCCCGAUACGCCUCCACCCGCUCCCCAAGUUUUGGUAGACGUCGAAGUCACGGAACCGCCCACACAUACGUCUUCAACGUUUGAUGACGUCGAAGUCACGGAACCGCCCACACAUACGUCUUCAAUGUUUGAUGACGACGAUGACGACGAUGCAGUGAUUGAUGACGACGAUGCAAUGAUUGACGACGACGAUGCAAUGAUCGAUGACGACGAUGCAAUGAUCGAUGACGACGAUGCAUUGCUUGACGAUGACGAUGACGAUGACGAUGACGACGAUGCUCAAAAGGAUGACGACCUCAAUUUUGACGACGACGACGACGACGAUGCUGUUGAACUUGACGACGAUUCUGCGCUUGGGAAAAACAGUUUGCCGGGAUCGACCAUGACCUAUCAGGGUGUUCGUGGCGAAUGGGAAUUCUCCGGCAUCCAAUCCGAUUGGGGUCCCGCCCACGCCGGUUCCAUGGUGUACGAUUUUACGAGAAAUUCUGUCUACCUGGUCGGGUCCUACUUUCCGGACAGCGAGAACGAUUGGGUCCGGUCCGGAUGUUUCCUCGGCGAGAUCCCGAUGUCCGACAUCAAGGAUUGGAAGACCGUCGAAAGUCCCCUGCCGCCGAGUGCAAAAAACCGACUUCCGUCGAACCAUUAUGAUGGCGUGGAGGUUUUCAGUCUUCCAGACUCUCUGGACCCGCGCGAAGUUUUGAGUUGCCAUUCCAUUAUGUAUGACGACAGAGAUGACUCGAACCAUUACCUCUUCAUCGGUGCCGUCGAUGAACCUGACGCCCAGAUUCGUAGCGGAACCAUCAACGGAUUCGUCAAUGCUUUCCAGCGCAGCAGCACGAAUCCCGAUUGGGAGCUCAAAAUCAACCCGACGGCUUUGGACACGGCCAAAGCGGAGGAUUUCCGUGACACUAGCCCGGUUCCUGUUCGGUACCCCAUUGCCAUGACAACUGGGUUUUACCAAAACCAAGAACACCUCAUGGUUGUCUCGGUCAGCAGCAACGACCCGCUUUUGACCGAAGAGUACGUCGAAUCGGGUGACGCCAACAAUGCCCAAAACUUUAAGAACACUAUGGUGCCACCCGGUCUGCGUCCCUACAAUUCAUUCGCCAAGCGUGGAAGCAACUAUUUCUAUUCCCACCAGUUUUUCACCUACGAUAAGAGGAAGAACGAUAUGGAAUUGACCUUUUCGUUCGAUGCGAUACUAGACAGCGACGAAACCUAUCCGACCGGUGUGGUCAACCUAGUUCCCAACAAUAUGAUAGCCGUAAUGGUGGGACACUUGAAGGGAAGAGGUCCCAGAGUAUUUAGAUUUCCCAAACCCUUGAUGAACGGGGUCGAACGCUUGGACGACUUUGACGGAUUUGUCCAAAACUUUUUGUUCGCAAAUGGUGUUCAGCCGCAGUUUAGGGAUAGCCUUCGUGUUUCCUCGGUGGAAAUGAAUCCACCCCUCGAUGAUUUCAUCCACGGCAUUUGCUUAGGCCCCAAAAACGAGAUAGGCAACCACGACAGCUAUUUUAUUGUGGGAUCGACCUACGGAACUAUGCCCGCCGGAACGCUUCAGGAUGAGAUCACCACCAACAUUUUGAGCGGCAAGUCCAAAAAGAGCAUGGACGGGAACCGCAUCGACAAACUGUCGGCCUUUGUGUCGAAGGUGGAAUCGAAUGAAAUCGUUUGGACUACCCAGUUGUACGCCGUCCCCGAGUCCAAAACGACCCUCAACGGCGGCAAGACCGAGGCCUUUGGCUGCCACCUGAUCGAAUCGGACCCGACUACCAUGUACGUGGGUGGAAACGUCUACGAGGGAGGCGUCAUGGAUUCCAAGUUCGAAUCCGCAGGCGGUGACGAUGUGUGGGUCGCCCAGAUUGAUACCGCGAACGGAGAGCCCCGUUGGAUCAAGCAGGUAGGCUCCGCGGGAACCGACCGAAUCAGCCACACCAACGGUGUCCAGGCCGCCCUGAACGGGGAUUGCAUCUUGUACGGAGAAACAACCGGAGAACUCUACCGCGAAAAGAGAAAGAACGAAGAAGACAAGUACACCUCGGACGUUUUCGUGACCACCUUUGGCAAGAACGACGGCUUCACCGGGCCAACCAUUGGCAGCCAGGACUCGACCUCCAAGAAGUCGGGAACCAUCAUCGGGGUCGGAACGGCCCUGGUCGUCGUCAGUCUUUUGAUGUGCGCCGGCGUCUUUUACAAGUUCCGCCGCCCCACCCGCCGCGGAGCCUCCAAGAACGCCAAGGCCGGCAGCGACGGUAUCUUCAGCGGCAAUCUUGCGCCGGAAUACCACGACGACGAAGACGCCCAGGUGACGGACGCCGCGUCCAACGGGGCGUCCAACGGCUCGACCAGCGGCUUUAGCGACAACGCCCCACCUCCGCACGUCUUCCAGGACGACCCGAAGAUUGCACCGGAGAAGUCCUUCGUGUAGGCGACAAAGCAAGGCAUAGCACGGCACGGCACAGCAUGGCACAGCACAAAACGACUUGUUUCGCCCGCAACGCACGAUGGUGCUUGCGUCCAUCUUCACAAUAAUUGCACACGCACACGCAUUCGCAAUCUUACGAACACCGUUUUGCUUCCGCACAACAACGGUGCAAAACAGUAAUCGAUCCCGUUGGGAUCGAAUUUCCAAGAGAGCGUGACCUCAAACCAACGAGAAUUCAUGGAACAAAUUCAUUUUAAAUACAAAACGAUAAACUAA